AUGCCGGAGACGACAGGGCCUGCUAAUCAGCAAAACCGGCCUAAUGAGGAGGAGACCUUCAUGUCCAAGUAUGGCGGCACCAUCUUGCGUGGAUUCAUAAUGUGGUUGGCCAUGCAAUACUUUUGGGGCAACAAGAGUAAUGUCCAACCACAGCAACCAGCACCUUCACCUGACAAUCAAGGAGCACCUGUAACGACUGAGCAACCAGUUGAAUACUACCCUGUUCUUCCUGCCGGUGUCUACUACAGCCCUUAUCCACCUCAAAUCCCUGCCAGCUUGUUACCUUCCACAGCGAUGCCCCUUUGGUCAAACCAGAAUCCUGUCGAUCUUAGCGUGUAUGUAAGUGAGGAGGAGUACUUUGUCAACUACAAGAGUGAGCCAUCAUGGUAUACUUCCAACAUCAUGCUCGAUGGUUCCUUGGAGCCACGUGUCCAUCAUCUGGAUAUCCCUACCACACAACACCUUCAACACAAUGGCAGUCUCUAUGCUCACAUCUUUGUCACACGUAAUGGUGCACCUAUCGAUCCCAAUAACCCUGGAUACUCUCCUGAUGAAAUUGUGUAUUACAGACAUCUCUUGACCAAGUAUUAUCCAAAGAAGACUCAAGUCAAGCAAAAGAAUCUGUUGCAUCGAGGUGAAGAGGAUCAAGAGGAAGAGGAGGAGAGCCAAGAUCAAGUUGUACCUGAGCAACAACAGGAUGAGGAGCAAACUGAUAUGGGAGGAUUACUCGGCAAUUGGACACGUCGUGCACCCAAUGUCGCUUAUUGGCACGAGAAUAUGACCAUCUCCAUUAUCAAUGACCCCAAAUCACCCAUUGCCAAGAAUAUGAUGCAGCCUGCCACUAUGAAGUACAUCCCACUUACCAAUUUGCGUGAUGAAUCUGGAAAGAUUGGAUUUUAUCGCCCCAUCAUUUUCCCCAACGAGUUCUGGCACCUUCGAUCCAACGCUUUCCCCAUCAAUGAGACUGUUUCUGUAUUGCCAUUGACGAUUCAUUUGGAGCCAUUAUCCAUGUGGAAAUUCAGCAUCUACGCUUCUUUUGAUGAAUCCAUGAAACAGCAAGCAAAUAAUCCACUUGGUGGCAUGUCGUCGUCUGAAACGGAUGAAUUGAAACGGAUGUUGAUGGAAACCAAUCCUUAUCUUUUGGCUACCACGGCUGCAGUGAGUUUGCUUCACAGUGCAUUUGAGUUUCUCGCUUUCAAGAAUGAUAUCGCCUUUUGGAAGAAAAAGGACAACAGCACGGGCGUCUCCGUACGCAGUCUUCUUACCAACAUCUUUUUCCAAAUUGUGAUUUUCCUUUAUCUCAUGGACAACAAUCAAGAAACGUCAUGGAUGAUUCUUAUCAGUCAAGGCAUUGGAUUAGUGAUUGAAGUAUGGAAGGUGUUCAAGGCACUUAAAUACGAGCUUGUGUGGACACCAGGCUCGUUGAUUCCUUCUAUCGGCUCCCGUGACACCGAGAAUACUGAAAUCGAAGACGAGACUGCCCAAUAUGACGCCAUUGCUUUCAAGUACCUUUCAUGGAUUGCAUAUCCGCUUCUGGGUGGUUACGCAGUAUACUCAUUGUUGUAUGACGAGCACAAGAGCUGGUACUCCUAUGUCCUCAAGACAUUGGUCGAAUUCGUGUACAUGUUUGGUUUCAUCACCAUGAUUCCUCAACUUUACAUCAACUAUCGACUCAAGAGUGUCGCCCACAUGCCUUGGAAGACGCUCAUGUACAAAUCACUCAACACAUUUAUCGAUGAUCUUUUCGCAUUUGUCAUCAAGAUGCCGACACUCCACCGCUUGGCUUGUUUGCGUGACGACGUCGUGUUUUUCGUGUACUUGUACCAGCGAUACAAAUACAAGGUUGAUCCCACCCGCGUCAAUGAAUUUGGUCAAGUCGGCGAGGAUCAAAAGGAGGAGGAGAAGGAGCAAGACGGCAAUGGAGACAAAAAGGAGACCAAAAAGAACAAAUAA